AUGAUCACACGCCGAAGCAACUUAGCCAAAUUGGCCGUGGCCACGACCAUUGCGGUUCUUGUUUUUCUUCACGUGUCGCUGCCUGGACUGGUAUACCCAGCAAGAUUGUUCUCUGCCACGGGCGGUAGAAAGAGAGUUGCCUAUGCCCGUUUUUUCGAAGACCUAGAUAAAUACGCCAUAGAGGCACCACUGAUCAAGCAAAAAUACAAAGCAGAGCCGGCGUUGCAACACGCUAGCAAUAAUGCGGAUUUCCUCUUUUCCAAGAAAUAUCUCGAAAAUGUGCUUGACAUCCCCCCGGAGACCGUGGAGGCGUUUAAGAAAUCACACCACGGGGUCGUGCAUGAGUUCAUUCCCAACUUGCUCAAAAACGAAAAGAUCGACACGUUCGGCGACAUGCGGCGCCUGGACCGCGACUGGAAUAGUUAUGUUUCCUCGAAAGGCUAUGUUUUGAUUGGGGGCGGCAAAUACUCCUGGCUCUCGUAUCUUGUCAUUCAACAGAUUCGUGCUGCAGGCGGCCAGUUGCCCGCGGAACUCUUCAUCCCUUCCUGGGACGAGUAUGAGCCUAGGUUCUGUGAGGAAAUCUUGCCUAGGUACAACGCCAGAUGUAAUGUGCUCGACACCGAUGUGGCAACCACUCUAAAGAAGAAGUUCAAUCUCGGCGGCUACCAGUUCAAAAUGCUUGCCGUGCUCACCCUGAGAUUUGGCAACGUCUUGUACUUGGACUCGGACCUUUUUCCCACCCAGAAUGUGGAGUAUCUCUUUGAGUCAAGGCUUUUCAAAAGCAAGGGGCUUAUCUUGUGGCCAGACCACUGGUCGCGGACUACAAACCCAAAGUUUCACGAGAUUGCCGAACUCCCCGUGGGAGAAAACAAGUUUAGAUACUCGGAGUACGACAAAAAACACCCCGACGAGUCGGGGAAGUUGAGACCCUUGACUCUGUAUACAUUUGCAGACUCCAAUUUUCAUGACUUUGAAAACACGUUGCCCAACCCAUCGUCCGAAGCAGGUGUGCUCUUGAUCAAUAAGACUUCGCACGUGCGCACGAUGCUUCUUGCUUUAUACUACAACAUAUAUAGACCGGAGUACUACUACCCAUUGAUGACACAGGGAGGUGCUGGCGAGGGUGACAAAGAGACAUUCAUUGCUGCCGCAGCUGUUCUCGGCGAGCCAUACUACCAGACGAAGAAACAGUUUAAAUGGGUGGGGUAUCACAGCCAAGACGAGAACAAGUUUGUUUCGAAAGGCUUGGGGCACUACGAUCCCGUGACUGCUACUGAAAACAGCGAGGAUGCUCCCAUUGUGUUCAUGCACUGCUCUUAUCCAAAAUACUACACGGACUGGAUUUAUAACAACCAUGACCUUAUCUACAAGGACGAGAAGACGCACAUUCGUAUGUACGAGUCUAUCUACGAGAACUUGGGCUACGACUUUGACCUAAGGCUCCAGCAGAUUUUCGUACAGGGUGUGUGCAAAGAUUACUACAAGGAUGGCAAGGCGUCUGAUUCAGGCUUGUUGCAGGAAGACGAAUGGGCAGGUGCAUUUUUGGCAUACAUUGGGUCGGACUCAGAGAACAAUGAAAAGAGGUGCAGGGAAGUGUUCAUCCCUCAUUUAGAGUGGUUGAAAAAGACCACGCCUGUCUUUGCUAAGAAAGAAACCAUUUAA